CUCAGUAUCUUGAAAAACUGAAAGAGAUAGACUAAAUUUUAUAACAACAACUGGAACAUGAAGCUGUGAUGAAGUUCAAAAUGCUAUGAAACUUAGAUUUUUUCCAUGUCUAAAUAUUUCGUGUUUGUGUGUCAUAGCAUUGUUUAACUAUUUUUCUUAUCUUAACAGUAACCAGGGCCGGGUUGUUCAAAGCGCGAUUAAGCAAACCCAGGGUUAGCGUCAAUUUUAUUCCAGUUAAAUUAAUAACCAAAAGAGAUUUUCUUAAGGAUUCUUGCUCUUUAGUUUUAUUUUUCGAUUUGACUUCAUGUGCAGCUUAUAAUUAGCUUUUGAAAUCUUUUUAAACAAAAGAGAUUAAAUCUUUGAUUAAGCUUUAAUCGUGGGUUAGCAGUAAUCGUCUUUUGAACAACUGGGCCCUGGAUGAUACUAACUCGAUUAGUCACAAGGUAAAAUGCAAUAAUUAAAACAUGAGAAUCUACUCAUUUACAAUGUAGUUCAGAUACUAAAUGAGCGAGACUAAUUUUUCUAACAGUAACAUGAAUAAUAGUAAAUGGAAUAGUUUCAAGAAAGUUUAAUAUGAAAUUCAAAAAUUAAGUGCUAUAAAAGUUUUUUGCGAUAUCUAAAAGUUUUAGUGUUUGUAUCUCAUAGCAUGAAUUAUUAGUAACUUAAAUAGUUACUAGAGAUUGGUUUGUUACAAGGAAAAUGCAACAAAACAUGUUAAAUGGCAAUUUUUUCAAUGUCCACAAGUUUUCGCGUUUGCGUGUCAAAGCAUACUUUAACUGUGUCUAGGUUUAAGACAGCCUCUGUGAUUUCCUCCUCUGUUGUUUCAUUUGCAAUUAAGUGACAAAUUGAAAACAACUUUGGCACUGCUUCUUGAUAAACCUGUAGCUGAAGCUUCUGCAGUGGUUGUUUGGAGUUUUGGAUAUGGAUCUUGAGUGUCCACUUUACACUGCAGCUGGUUGCCUUUUGUGUGUUACUUUGCAGUUAUCGCAGACUGCAAUUUUUCCCUUGAUUGUAACUUUUUUUUGAACAUGAACAACAACAGUUGUAUUUGGUGACACUGCUUAUUCCUAGUAUUUCUCCAAUGGUUUCUGUUGUUGUUGAGAUGUCACUGACUUCAGGUAAUGUUUGUUUGAAGGGUUCAGCGUCCUUGAUGGUGUAUAAAUUAUCUUGUUUUGGUGUGUUCAAGUAUCUUUGAUUCUGAGAUACUUUCAUUCUCAAGUUGUUGAAGAAAUAGGUGGACUGUGGUGUGACGCUGUCAACAUGCUCACCCCAGAAAAUAACUUUUAUGUAACCAGAUGGAUCAACUAUAUAGCCUUCCUGUUUUUUGACAGGAGAAUCUUGGAUGACUAUAGUUUUGGUCGCACUUAGAUGUGAUAUCUUUCCUUUUAUUGACACUAGCUGUUGUGGUGCUACUUUUGACAAGGAUGCAAUUGAUGUGACAUCAUCUUGUGCUUUGUAUGGAAAAUCAGCUGUUGUUGAAGUGAUGGUUGUGUUCCUGUUUAUUACUACAUCACUUCGUCCAUACUUAUUGCUGAUGUUAAAAUUUGAAAUUUUAACCGGUGAUCUUUGUGCGGCCAUUGCAUCAAGAGUUUCCUUCUUUUCAGUUGCAAAGCAUACACUGCCAAUGAGAUCUUUCUCUGUCUGAAGGUGGCAGUUAAAGUAGCUUGUUGGUCCAGAUUUUUUACUGGUGAGACAUUAUGCACAAAGCAAGUUAUGUCUUGUUUUUCUGUAGGAGGAGGUAAAAAAGAUAUUUAGAUUAAUGUAAUAAAUUUGGCAUGGAUGGGAUUACUGCAUAAGGUAGCUUGUGUUAUUUGAAAAAACAUAUGUGUAAAUAUUAGUCUCGUUGUUUCAUGUACUGUAAAUCCUCUAUUAAGCCCCAGGGGCUUAUUGUUUUAAGGGGCAUUGGGGGGGGGGGGCUAAAUAGAAAGGAAGGGCUUAAUAGAAGGGGAAGUGUUAAAAUUUAGCAAAACAGGAGCAGUUCACCACUCAUUAAUUACUGUAAUUAAGAUUAUUUUUAGUACAAAUAACAGUGAUAUUUUGGCUAAAGUUCGCCACCAACAUGCAAGAGGUGUGGGAAAAAUAAAUUGUAUCAUAUAACUACAUGAGAACAUUAAAGGGUGACAAAAGUGAUAGGAAACAGUGUACAUCUAAUACCUAGAUGUUCAAAAUAAUAUGUUUUAUUAAUGAGAGCAUAUAGAGCAGGUAAGGUUAUAAAAUGAUUUUAAAACAAGAAGCAUUAGUUUAAUAGAAGAAAGGAACGUAUAGCCAUAAUAUUUAAGUAUGACCGGGAGAUACAUACCUGAAGCCAUAUUAGAUCUCUGUCUUGUCUGUUGAAAAAAAAAAAAAAUAAGGAUGUAUACAGAUGUUUUAGGAGGGUGUUUAAAAUACCUUUAAACCCUAGUUAAUACAACACUCUGAAACAUUACAUGGAACUUUGCUUUAAAUGUAGUUGGAAAGUGAACUAUUUAUAACCAUAAAAAAAAAUCAUUUAUGUAUGCAUGUGUUGAAGGCCGUAUAAUCAAUUUAUUCUAAUUAAUCAAUUUUGGGUGCUGUACUGUUGUGAGUGACUUUGUUCGCAUCACUCAACUUGGGAUCAAUUUAUAUUUGCUAGAUUAUAUAGCCUGCUUUCUUCUUCAAGUCUAUAUUUUAAAUUAGUGGAUUUCUUAAGACUCUUAAGUCUUUCAAAAGUCAUUGGUUCAAUAAUACAAGAUGAAAGUGUUUUCACUCUGCUUAUAGCUACAUAUGAAAUGCCUGCAGUAGUUUCAGUCUGACCAAUGUCAAUCCAUGCUUUUGGCAGUGUUAACCCUUGGCUCUUGUGUAUUGUGAUUGCCCAAGCAAGUUUGAGAGGCAACUGUUGUCUCUCAUGUAAACCAUCUAGUGUCUGUGAGGUUAUUGUUAUUGGGCAUAUAGGCACACAUCGUGGAAUGCUAUCACUGAUAGAUGGACCUCUAUACUCAUUAAAUUUUACUAUGACAGCGACAGGCAAGUCUGGUGGUUGCUGGUUGUUUGCAUAAAUGAAAUCUUCAACCGUUCCAGUUGCACCGUUACAAAGUCCAACAUCUAUCCAUAGGUUCAUGGUAAGCAUUACAUGUGCACCUUUUGCAAGGAAAAUGGUCGGUUGUAAACCUGACAUGUCAUCCGAACUUGCUUUCUUAGCUAUAUCACUAGAGUGACGUGCAGUGAUGCAGGCUAUUGGCUGAUGAAGUUCUGAUAACUGUUCAAAGUUAUAAUUAGCAACUUCUUCAUUGCUGAAAUAGAGCCUAGUGGCAUCUUGAAACUCAUUCACGUUCAAUGCUAUGGAAGGCUGUCUUGCCAAAAGAAGUUUCCAAUCUUGCUCAUUAGAAUCUCCUGUGCGAAGGCGUAUGAGUAAAUCUCUAAACUGAGCUUGCUGUUGAUUUAAGUCUUGAACCCUCUGGUUUACUGACAGUUUUACAACAUUGCCAAACAUGUGAUAAGCUAAAUAGCCUUGUUCACCUGUAGAACUGGAGGGUCUCGAAUGAUAUAAUGGCUUAUCUGCCACUGGAGGCAAUUGAGCUGGGUCACCAACUAAUAUCAUGGAUUUACCACCAAAUACUUCGUCAUUUUUGCCUGUUGCUUGUCGGCAGCGUCUAUCAAUCCAGCCAAACAAUGUUUGUCCUAGCAUAGAGUAUUCAUCAAUUAGGAUAUAACUGAUAUCUUUCAGCUUGGUUUGUAAUGUGACAAGCCCUUGUCCUGUUAAUUCUUUGUUAUGUCUUGGGCCAACAGGCAAUUUUAAUAGUGAAUGGAUUGUACAUCCGUUUAUGUUAAAUGAAGCUUUGCCAGUUGUGGCAGUCACUGCACAAGAGUGUUGGAGCAGGUUUCGGAUGGCAUUAAUGAGGUAACUUUUCCCUGUACCGGCAACUCCACGUAUAAUAAGAAGCAAUGGAUCUUUAGGGCAGGCUUGUUCAGAAUGUGCUUUCACCAUAUUGUAGGCAUGUCUUUGCAUGUCACUGAAUGUAUUAACAUCAAUAUUUUGUUGUUGCAAACCAAAGGUAGAAUCCAAAGUAUCUUUCUUAGUUUUUAUCCAGGAUGGCAUUUCCUGUAUUAAGUGAUUUGCAUACUUAAUCUUGUCAUUUUGCCAGUCAUAAUCAGGCUGAGAGGUUUGUUGUGUUAUAUUAUCUUGGUUAACAAAAUACCCAGGUAUGAGAUCUGCUAAAUCCAUCCACUCUUCACGCUGUGGAAGCUCUUCUGAAGAGUGCUCUAUAUUUGGUUCCUCUUCUGUGUUAUUCUGUACACUUUGUAGUUUUUCAUACCAGUCAGGAACAUGCUCUUCAGCAUAUGGUGUUUGUAGAAAUUCCUUCCAUUUUGUGAUGUAUAUUUCAUCAGUGCCUUCCUGACAAUCCCAGGCAUUGUCUUGUGUAGUAUGCCAAGGUUUGUGCUUAAGUAACUGAUAUUUGCAAUAAAGUCCAAAAUUUGGACCUUUUGAAUUGGAAGAAAAUACUGGAAAAACUCUGGGAAUCAUGUUAUGAGGUUGAACUGUUAGUUUGCUGUUGACAAGUUUGUAUUUUGUUGCAAAAUGAAUGAAAUUAAGAGCCAUUAUAUCUGGGAUGGUUUGAAUAUAUUUUUCCCUUUUAGCGUAAGUAUCAAGCAAUGAGUCAUUGGUUACAGUAUCUCCAUCAUUUGUUAUAGUUUUGAUUCUACGUGAACCAUUUAGACUAAUAGGUACCACAUUAAAUGAUGAGCUGACAAGUUUCAGUGACAUGAGAUGAUGCAUAGUCUCUUGUGCAGAGAAGUCACGUUGGCCAAGUGACUUCAUUAUCACUUUUUUUAUCAAUUUUGUAGGGUUGCUAUUGUUGUUGCAAUUACGGACAAUAGAAUUAAAUGCAAGUUUCAUUACAGGUGACUUUGGUUCACCUUUUGAAGCAUAUUUUGCAAGGUAUUCAACACAUGCAUGAUAAUCAAUGAUCACUUGAAUAUCACAGUUUGCCCUCCAGCCUUGAAGCUGAAGUCGUUGGUGAUUAUUGAGUCUGCUAUCAUUCCUCUUUGUUAUGAUCUUUGCUUUGUAUUGAGUGCUUCCAUCUUUUGUAUGAAUGGGCUCAAACUCUAGUUUUGUAUUAACACAAGGUUCAAAUGGAAACUUAAAUCUACAUUUCAGUUCUGUUUCGUUUUGUUUCUUUCUAAGACAAUAGUUUGUACUACAGCGAGUGUGCCUUUGUACAGUAUUCAACAAAUCAACAUAAUCUUGUUCAGAGUCUUGUAAACUUACAAGGUCCUUGUGACGCUUUUGACAAGGAUGAAUAGAGGGCUUCACCCAUGUGCCAUUAUCUGGUGGAUCUGGAUUAUAUGUAGACAAUAACCAAUCUACAUACUGACAAACUACCUGGGAAGCCUUUUUUCCCAUCCACUAUCUGUUGAUUGAGUUCUAGUAUAUUGACUUGCUCAGCUGUAUUAGUGGACAUUUCAGCCAAAUAGCCUUUUAGAGCUGUUUCUGAGAGUUUACAUAAACCUGGAUCAUUUUUCAGCUUUGCUACACCAUGACAAUGUAUACUACCUCUAGCUUGAUAUUCAAAUCUGUACCAGUGCCACUCAGCAUCUAGUGAAUUGUAUAACCAGUAUUUAAUAAAACUUUCUAAACGCUGUGUAAAGAACCAGUCUGUAAUAUGAGGAUUGUUAAUCACAUUCUGCCGUUUGUUGUCAGUUGAAUUAUUACUGACUGAGUUGCCAAAAUUGCAUGAAGUUCAGGCCAAUGCAUAUCAGCAGAGGAGAAUGUGAAAAAGAAUGUUGGAGCUCCAGCAUGGGCUAUUAUUGCUUUUAAAUCUUCUUUAGCUUUGUGCCAAUAAGCAUUAGAACCAGUAAUGUUACUAAGAUAGCGUGAUAUCUUAGAUAUAAACAUACUUGUGUUAUUGCUAGUUGCCAUUUGCCGCAGCUCUUCAGCAAUCAAAUGAGCUUCUCCUGGGUUUUGUUUUAGGAACAUGCCUGUCUGUUGCAGAAUACGUUUUCUUUGUAUCAUAUUCAAUGCCCAGUAACCAAAUCUGGGGUGAGUAGCAAAGCGAUAUACCCAUUUGUCAUUCUUGUUUUCUCCAAACUUUAAAAGGUGCUUUACUCUUUCUCCGAGUGGUAUAUCUCGGCGUAAUGAUGGGUUAGUAGGAUCACCCUUACCAUCUGGAAAUAAUGUUGGGAAAGCCAUUGUUGCUAAAAAGGGAGUUACAUACUCGUUUAAUGGUUCACUGCCAACUGUUGGCCAGGGCAAGUGAUUAGAAUCAUUAGACAAUUGUUGGCGCACAGCUUCUAUUUCUUGCUGCUGACACUCUGGAAUAGGCAGAAAACUACUCAUUUCAGUACCCUCAUUAUAAACAAUGUCAUCUUCAUUUUGAGGACCUAAGUCAGGUUCACAUGUGGCAUCCAAAUCUAUAUUCUCUGUUUCAACCGAGAGAAGACCAUGUGGAACACCAUGUUCUGGUAAAGAAUUUAAAGAAUUUUUAUUGAUGGUUAUGUCCUUUUAGUGUGAGUUAUUAUUAACAAGCCAUUGUAGUGCAUCAGCUACAUUUUGCCUUCGCACUGUCACAUCUUUAAAACUGUUCUCUUUACCUUUCAUCUUAACAACAAUAACAGAUAGAUCUUUUGGGUAUCUAGGCAGAGAAUGUGCUAGUUCAGCUAUAUCCUGAGGCAAAUUGAUACAGUGACCUGAAUAGCCCCUUUGUCCACCAGGUUUUAUGUAAACUCGCAUAACAGGAAGUGCACGUGCAAUAAGCAUUUCUUCUACUUGGGUUAACCCCUGCAGUUGUAAAGGUACUAAUGAUGGCACCAUGUCAUUUUCCUUAGAAAACUUUUUUGGUUGUUGUUUAUCUCGUAUGCACCUCUGACACUGGUAGUGAUCAACCUUCCUUGGACUGGAUUUCAAUGGCCAUGCUUCAAAACAGACAGUGCAUUGGCAAACUGAAUACUGAUUGGGCUUAUGAAAAUCGUUCAUGUUAUUUUGUGCAUGUUUUUGUUCGUGAACUGGACCAGCAGAGCUCUCUUUUUGUCCUGCAGAAAUUGUUUGAGACCUUUUAUAACUGGCUCUCCUAUUUGCAAGUCUCUCUUUUCGCUUUUCAACAGUUUCUUCAGACGUUCUUUUUCUAUAAGUCUUUGUAACUUUUUAGUCUCUCUUUUUGCUUUUCAACAGUUUCUUCAGACACUCUUUUUCUAUAAGUGUCUCUCUUAUUUUUAAGUCUCUCUUUUCGCUUUUCAGCAGUUUCUUCAGACAUUGUUUUUCUAUAAGUGCCUCUCUUAUCUUCAAGUCUGCUUGCCCUUUCAUUAGCUGUUUCUGUAUAUUUGACUCUUUUCAUGUAAUUUCUGUGCUUAAGAAGUCUACCAUGUCUGUUUUCAUUGGUUUCUGAUAAUUUUCUCUUUAUGCAUGUGAGUUUGUUUUUAUAUCUACUGUUUUUGUCAGUCAAUGUUGAAACAUAAUGCAACUCGUUAAUAUAUCCAAUAAAUAUUGUCUUUCGUCCAUCCUGAUCAGCAACAGGAGUUAAGAUUGUACUUUCACGUGAAUUUAUAUUAGACUGUGUGAUAUGAAUGACACAGUUGUAUGCAUUGGCCACAGCUUGCAUUAUGAUGUUAUCACACCAUGUGCCUUGUUUUGACAUUUGUUGAAUAUAGUUAUUCCAGUGAUCAUUAGAAAUGCUUUCAAUAUACAAUUCUGGGUAACUCUGUAAAUGGCCAAUUCCAGCCAUACGAAUUUCAAGAUGCAAGUCAGCAGUCCUAUACAGUUGGUGCGAAACUGAUUUAAAGAAACAAUCCCCAAAUCCACCUACAUCAUGUGGUAUAAGUCCUAUGAGACGAAGCCUUUCAGUUAAACAAUCCCAUGGUAAAUCAUGACUAACAGCAUUCUCAGGAGACAUACCUCCAUUUAAUUUUGAAUUAUCAUUAUGAGUUUGAGGAAAGCUUUUUCCACCAGAAUUCAUUAAAUCUGCCACACGGAUAUGUGUUUGUCUACAGUUACAUGUAGAAUAGUUAUCUGUUGUUGUAAAUUUUCUUUUCUGUAUGUUCAUGUAAAAAACAAAUUUACUAUAAUAAUGAUCAUUGGUAUACCAGAAUUUCCAGGUGUUGUAAUUUCUACAUAAAUUAGUGAUAAAAGAACUGUCUGGAAGAUGUUGUCUUACAAAAGACUUGAUUCUAUUCCUAGACUUCGUAUUACUUAGUGCCUUUAGAAUUAUUUUAACAGAAACGCGAGAUGGUUGCCUGUCCCUUUUCCUCUGACAAUUCACUCUUUUCUUACGAACUUCAACAUUUUCAGAAAUAGUUACACUAUGAUUUUCAAUUUUCUCAGAAGAAUAACUUGUCAAAGCCUUAUCAUGAUCUUGUGAACUACAAUCACCACUUAUCAGCCCGGUAACCAUUUGACUUUUGUCACUUUUCAUUUGGCGCAAUGGCCAUCGAGCAGAAUGACUCGGUUUAUUUGCUUUGUGACCACAACGGGUCAUUUGGCGCAAUGGCCACCGAGUACAAUGACUCGGUUUGUUUGGUUUGUAUUUGUGACCGCUAUGGGUCAAAGCACAAUGGCUUGGUAGAUUUGCUUUGAGACAACUUUGUGUCAGAGUUAUCGGUUGAUUUGCUUUGUUGUUCGGCAAAUUCGAGGACAUCAAUUCAAAGCAGGAGAGCAGCGAAGGUCUUCGGUUUGUUGUAGUUCGGACAACGCCGACAUCGGGCUUUCUACAUGCUCUUGGAGUACUAAAAAGUUUCCUGGUAAGGCUUUGACAAGUUGAAGCGAUGAACUUUUUAAGAAACAUCGCAUGAAGUUUGAGAAAAAUAAAUGAACUUACCGAAUAAUCCAAAGAUAUCCACGGAGGCGACACGGACGCACGAGGAGCUUGCACUCGCACGAGGUAUAGUUGCGUGCGCACUCGCACGAGGUAUAGUUGCUUGCGCAUAAAAAUAGUUGUGUGCGCAUGUCCACCAGGUGAGCCCGCAAUUUCUUUGGCCGGCUAUUGGGCUUAAAAUUCGUGCGCGCGCUUAAUAAUUAUUCAAAAUGGCGCAGAUUUUGAACAUCGCCCGUCCAAGUAACCAAAAAUCUCGAAUCUUCACGCCUGGCAUGCACAGGUAUCCCAUCGACCACAGGAUCCCCAAAGAUUACGAAGCGUUCUCCUAACAUCGAACGCAAAAAAAUGCGUUCCUCCAUAUUAAUUAAGUGCCUAGUCAGUGUCUUCCUGCAUACUAAUUCGGUAUAGGUUUACUAAUGAGCGAAUACUACAAUAGCCACAUUAAGCUUGCCUCAGCUUGCCCGUGAAGUAACUUGAGCCCGGUUUUCGGACCGUCUUUUAAAAGGAAAAUAGGAAUAAGAGAAGCUAUCACCUAGCAGCGCGAGAAACGACUUCCUAUAUCUUAUUUAGCGCUAAAACUCGGAUAUAUAAACAAAACACAUACAGAAAGUGGAGCUGUAAACUCUUUAUUUCAAGUUUGUCUGACAUUUUCUCCUUUCCAUCUCGAGGAAAUGAAAGUCUUGUCAUUUUCACGCGCUGUUAAUCAGUUAAUUAUGCGAGUUCACAAGCCCAAAGUUGCAUACAAAUUAGCUCUACAGCUAGACCCAAGGGAACAACCUUGACGUAUUAUUAUAAAACAACUAGCUUAACAAGGAUCAAUUAAAACACGCGACUCAUAAUAGCUAGCAAUAAAAACACAAGAGAGAUACCGUUUUGAAAAACUUUAUUAAAAAACAAUGACAAAAGGAGUCAAAUACACAGCGAUAAUUAAUUAAUUCCUUCUUCUUCGUCCAUGGAGUACUUGUAAGGUUUGAAUUUCUUAUGCCGACGUUUCUUCAGCUGUUUGCCAUGAGAUUUAUGAUCUUCCAAAUAAUUUAGAAAUUGAAUCCGACGCCUUUUGCGCUUCAGGCCUUGUGGUGAUGGGGUUUCUACUGUGGGAGGAGGGGUCAGGAAAGGAGGAUUUAAGGGUGGUGGAGGGGUGAGGCUUUCUUUGUCAGGUUUUUGAGAGACAACUGCUUCUGUUAAUUCAGGUGUUACAUUAAAGGGGUUGAGGGGAGACGAGAAUGCUGUCGUUGCUGUCGAAGAAUCUUGUGUCCUUGAUGUUAAGUCUGGAACAGUGCUGAUUAUUUCUUCCGGUCGGGUUCUUGUAUUUAAUUGUUCUUUAAAAGCCAGGUAUCUGUUUUGCAACUGAAGGUAUCGCUUAGUUUUUUCAUCGUCCCGAAGAUCGUUUCGAGAAAGCACGUCAUCCAUGUUGCCUUGUAUUUCUUGCAUAGCUGGAAGAAGCGGGACAGGCGAAAGAGUUUGCUGCUUCAGAUAUUUUAGAAGCUCUUGAGGAAUAUUUUCUUGAAACCCUGCAUGGUUAAAGCCCUCUUCACUGGGCAGGACGUUUGUUCGCAACCGGCAAUUAUCUUGGGUAGUAGUUUUCAGAUCAAUCAGAAGAUAACCAAAAGGUCUUUUUACAGCCUCUUCGUACUGAUUUAAAAGGAAAUCUGUCUGCCCGGGAUACAUUUGCUUCGCCAGCGUCAGGAUUUGCAAUUUGUCUCGUGGAUUCUUGAUUAACACCAGAUAAUGGCUGUUUAGGCUUAUGCUGCGGCUGCCUUUCCCCUAAUGAAAUAGAUUCUGCACGAUAUAAAUCACGCUCAGAUUGCGAUGAUGAGAACCACGAGUAAAGAGGUUCACAAUUCGCUUGUCUUUACUAGCGUCAAUCAUCUGAUCAUCAAACACGAUCAAAUUCCGUUUGUUCACAUUAAAAUAGGAAUCCUGCUCCAAAGCCGUAGGAAUUCCCUUGACGAAUUCAAUGUUUGGCAUGGCGACUAACAUUUGUGUAUACGCAGGGUGCCAUUGUGAAUAACACCAAACAAUCCUCUCCGGGGGAGGGAAAAUGGUCUCUGAUGCUUGUUGCAAUAGCGAUCGAACCCAGACCGUUUUCCGGACCCGGUCAUUCCGGCAAUCAUGGAGGUGAAAGGGUGCUCGAAGCGAAACCGCUGACAUUUCUGUGAAAAUAUUGGAACUGUUUGAAAUGGGGUGAGACCAGCUUUGCGGUGUUUAGACAUCACGUGCCUUUGCAUAUUACCUUUUCUACUAAAGGACAUUUCGCAGACAAAACAGAGCCAACUCAUGUUAACUCCUCAGGGGCAAAAAGUAGACUGAGAAAGAGGUAGAAUGUUACGCAUUUAUAUAGGUUUUCAGGCCAUAAAAUUCUAUUGUUAUCCUCCCCCAAAACCACCACUACCACCACCACCACAUUUAUAUUGUUUUCUUUCCUCCUCCUCCUCCUCCUCCUCCUCCUCAUUUCUAUUGUUUUGUCUCCUCCUCCUCCUCAUUUCUAUCGUUUUUCCUCCUCAUCCUCAUUGCUAUUGCUUUUCCUCCUCCUCCUCCUCGUCCUCCUCAUUUCUAUUGUUUUCUGUCCUCCUCCUCCUCCUCCUCCUCCUCCUCCUCAUUCUAUUGUUUUCUAUCCUUCGCCCACUCGUUUCAUUUUUUUUUCUCCACGAGAUUCUAUAAAAGACUGCCAACUGCCAUCUUUAGUUCACUUUGAAGCAAUGUCUCGUGUAAUGAACAACAAUCGUGGUUUUCUUCAGCUGUUAGCUGAUUGCCCUGCUUAUCAGCGCCAUUUUCUUUUAAAGACAGCUACUCCACAACAACUACAUGCACUAGUCCAAGUCUUAUACAAUAUACUCAUGGGACACAUUCCUAUCUCCGAAGAAAAUAAGCGGAUAUUUGCUGCCACAUAAGGAUGCUUUACUUAACCUGGCCAGACCAAAAGUCCCCUACAAAACAAAGAAGCGAGUCCUUGUACAAGAGGGUAGAGGUUUUAUUGAAGAUGUAUUAGCCCCUGUUGUUUUAAGCUUAGGAUUUCUAAUGCUAUAAAAGAGGUGAAGCAUCGCUAGGUACUCAUCAAAAUGAAGAGAAAGUUAGAUUUGGUUGAAGAAGAAGAUCACGAGAGUGAACAUGAAGAAAGCGAAAGUUCUGGUGAUGAAAGCGAGGAUGAAGAACCAAGAAUAAAAGAUGUUUUGAGUCAUCUUUCCCGAGCAGUUCCGGAAAAGCGUGCUUCUGAUUUGCUGCAUAGUAUGGCCGCGUCCAAAGAUAUAUUUUUCUGGACCCCUAGCGGACAAUUACUUCGAAAUAAACGUACUAUUCCCGUCACAAACAUCACUGAGCUAGUUGAGUAUGUGUUACUCCCUCAUAACAAUGAGGUUUCAAAGCCUCGUGCGCUGAAUACGUUUGUAGAUGGACUUGCAGAGUUAGGAAUCGAUAAAGGUUUAAUCAAGAACAAAAAGCUGUUAAGUGAUUUAAUAGAAAAGGAAAAAGGCUACCAAAAUGUAGAAAAUACUUCUGAUAACUAGAGUAAUAAUGAGGAGAGUUCAUCGGAUAUUGAAAAUCAGGAGGAGGAAGUGGCUUCUGAGAAUGGCGUUGAAGCGGAAGACACCCAAGAGAGCGACAUCGACACUGAAAACGACAGUCAGGAAAUAGAAAGUAGUAGCCCUGAAACGUCCACCACCUUUCACUCUAAACGUCCCUGUGAACACUGCGAGAACUCUAAUGUCUACGGGACAUUGAUCAUGAAAUGUCCUAAAUGCUUUUGGCACGAGUACUACAAGAUCUGUCCUAUAUGCGAUCACCAGAUUCCCGAGGGGAGAAAUUACAUGAAAGAGGGCUUUCUUCGCUGUCACGAUUGCGGAGCAGUUACACACAAAAACGUGAAGACGUUGGAAACCAAUUUCUAUUCCCCUUCUACAGAGGAGAACGAAGAUGAAGAUUAAUUAAUUUCCAUUCCUGUGUAUUUGACUCUUUUUGUCCUUGUUUUUUUAAUAAAGUUUUUAAAACGGUAUCUCUCUUGUGUUUUUAUUGCUAGCUAUUAUGAGUCGCGUGUUUUGAUUGAUCCUUGUUAAGUUAUUUGUUUUAUAAUAAUACGUCAGGGUUGCUCCCUUGGGCUGUAGAGCUAAUUUGUAUGCAACUUUGGGCUUGUGAACUCGCAUAAUUAACUGAUUAACAGCGCGUGAAAAUGACAAGACUUUCAUUUCCUCGAGAUAGAAAGCAGCAAAUGGCAGACACACUUGAAAUAGAGAGUUUACAGCUCCACUUUCUGUAUGUGUUUUGUUUAUAUAUCCGAGUUUUAGCGCUAAAUAAGAUAUAGGAAGCCGUUUCUCGCGCUGCUAGGUGAUCGCUUCUCUUAUCCCUAUUUUCCUUUUAAAAGACGGUCCGAAAACCGGGCUCAAGUUACUUCACGGGCAAGCUGAGGCAAGCCUAUUUUGCCUAUUGUAGUACUAGUAUUCGCUCAUUAGUAAACCUAUACCGAAUUAGUAUGCAGGAAGACACUGACUAGGCACUUAAUUAAUAUGGAGGAACGCAUUUUUUCUCUAGGAUAAAACAAUUGGUGACGUUAUUGACUAGACUUAGCUAGAUCUUGCUAGACACCAAAACGGUUAAGUUUCAACAUAGUAUACUACUCUGGUGGAGCUGUAUUUAUCAUGAAUUCAAAUAUACAUUUGAGGAAAAUUAGCUUAAGGGCGUAUUUUAAAGCUAUUUCGCACUAUUUCGGGUUCAACGGGCUGACUCGAUGUAGACAAUCGAUCGAACUAGCUUUACUGAAUUCGGUGGAGAAUUAGGAGAUCAACAGAGGCCCACACUCGAAAGGAAUGAUAUAAAGUUAGGCUCAUUUAAUUAGCAAAAGAAUAGAUGAAAUAUAAACAAGGGUGAUCUGUGAAUGGAACCUCCUAUUUUGGAGACUAGACCUCGCCUAUUUUAGAGAAAAAAAAGAUUUAAGUUUUGAUGACCUUGCCCGUCCCGUGAAAAAGAUGGCGAUCCCGCAACACGGCCCGAAAAAAAAAUUAACAAAAUUAUAUAAUCACGGACACAAAAUGUCAAGACGGUUUACACAAGCAGAUUAUAGCAACAGGAAAGCUCACACUCAUUUGAUCAAAUUAGCGAUAUAUGGCGAUAUUUGCUAGCUUCUUAGCUUUUGCUCGAUCUCUCUCGUCCGAAUAACUGUUGUAUCUCAUGCUAAUUUGCACAAGCGACCUGAGGCUCUUGCCCGUUACUAUGUGACGUCAUACUGGCAGGCGGAAUGGGUCAAGAAACGUAGGUGGAAAACAAUAGAGUUCCCUCCCCCUGGUGCUGACGUAUUUUCUUUCCAGAAUUGUUCCUCUCUAAAGUGUUUUUCGGGCAAAGUAUAUAUUCCACUCAAGUGCCGUUGUAGUUUAAAAAAUCAGUAAAAAUGACUAGAACGCGAUUGUGAAUUAAUCGUAAGUUCCUAAGGCUUCCCUUUCGGCUCUUAGAACUAAAGUGAAAAAAAGUGCAAGUUAGAUGGGGGAAAAUUAUCACUUAGUAAUUAAGUCUUUUGUUGUUACUGUUUACACAAAAAAUAAACUGAGAGAGCAUUUAGAUCAAAGCUACGUAUACUUAUAUCAACCUGAAUAAUAGCAUGAAAUCUUACUUUUCCUGAUCUUACCUAUUGUCAGUAGGAGUCCAGUCGGUGCCCAGGCACAACCACGAUUUUAAAUUUUCUUUUCUUUUUUUUUUUUUAACUAUUUGAUGUUUUAAAUGCUGUGGUCAAUUACUUGAAGGUGAUUAAUGUAAAUUCAUUUUAUAUCUUUUAAAUACAUGUUGUAUCCUUUUCAUUUAGAAUCUUAUCUUUUAAGAGUUUAUAUUGUAGUUUGUAAGUAAUUUUAUCCUUAUUUUCCAUUUUAGUUCUACAUCGUAAAUACCUCUUAUUAGCCGAGUUUACGGUCCGUACUGUAAAUUACGGACCGAGUUUUUUUCCAUCGAUUUAUGGCCCAAGCGCGAAGCGCUUGGGCCAUAAAAUCGAUGGAAAAAAACGAGGAUCCGUAAUUUACAGUACGGACUGAAAAAACGAGGCUAAUAAGAUGUUUGUUAUAUGGCUUCUUCCUGUUUGGGGGACCGGAAACAGUUGCAGACCGCACGAUUUGACAGUCAUUUGACAAGCGUCAAAAAAAGAAAGUUUUUAUUGGCGCACGAAAACAAUAGCACAUAACAAAGGCUUUCCGAGAAAGUAAAAACAAAUUCGCCAUGUUGAAAAGUUAAUUCGGUCGAAACUAAGAGCACUGUAAGUUUUAGCUCUUAAAUGUAAGGCCGGAGUAUUUUUGGAACCGGACACUGUGUCUGUCUAGAAGUCGUUUCCAUCUUUCCUCCGUUUGUCCCUGUAAAAAAAAAAAAAAAAAACACUGCGAAAGGCAAAGAAGCUUUUCAAGGUAAGUUUGUUGUCAUUGUCGAAGGACUCGCUCCUUAAUUGUUUUUGGGAAAACCUCUCUGCCAGUUCAUUCUCGUCUUCAACUGUGAUCUGCGUUAAAAUUUUCAAACACUGACUAGAAUUCUCUUCCUCGGUAAAGUUACGAUUUAGUUUCUACAUCAGCUUCGUCCUCAUUAAAACAAAGCUAGGUUAAAACUUGCAAAAGCAAAGUCAACAUUCCAGUCCUCAGGCUUUACAGACACAUUUUAACGUUAAUUCGGUCAAAACUAAGAGCACUGUAAGUAUUCACUCCUUUUUGAAAAAAAAAACUGCAAAUGGCAAAGAAGCUUGUCAAGAUGAUCUGGUGCAGGUAUGUUUGUUAUCAUAUUUGUCGAAGAAAUGACUCAUUUUCUCUCAGGCAAAACAUCUCGAAUCUCUGUUGGUCCGUAUGGCAAGUUACGGACCGCAAAUUGACCAAUCGCAUGGCGGAAACAGACUCAGCCAUAUAAUGAUCAUUUUUACAAGCCCCCUCAAGAAUUGAGUUUUAAGGAUAGGAUCAAGAGACCGACCGAUUUGUUUGCUAUAUAACGAGGUUUUGUUUUAUUGAGAUUCUUUUCCAUAUAUUUUACCAUAAUGGUUAGUUACAUCAAGGAAUUCGUCAUACAGAGGUUCGUUAUAUUGACGUUCCACUCGGCUGUAGUAGUAAACAACAACGGAAAAAUUCAAGCCUUUGUUUCGGGGUGCCUUUAACUGAAUUUUAUUCUACAAUUAUCGCUCUUUUCAAUAUUUUUGGCGUUCAGCUUUUCAGAUAAGUACCAUUUUAUAAUUAUUCCUUCAAAAGUAAACACUUUUCACGAGACUGAUAUCUUUGCUACUUUAAAGGGAGUUAAACUACUACUAGCAGUAUCAGUAUAUUUUCUUGUCUGUAUGAUUUCGAAUUUUUGAACGAAGUCUGUGCAUUGAUAUAUCUCAUCCUUCUCAUUUCUUAUUUUCCCAACAGGUUACAGCAGUUGCCCCGGGUAUCGAUAUGAUUCCCAGGCAUUCCUUUUCUCGCUGGCUAACAAUCCAGGAUGGGCGCCCUUGAAACUGCCUCAGACAGGACCAUAUAGUUAUUACGGAUACUCCAUAUACGACUGCUCGUCUGGUGGACCAAAAUUCGGGACAGGCCAUGACAUUAAAAUUGUCGACUACGCGUCAUCCAGUAGCAAUUCCUAUGCUAACCUUGGUUAUACUUACAGUGCACCAAGUGGGUACAGCCCUGGAAGCACCUUUACCAAGACAUUUCUGGCAGGCACCUAUCAGUUUACUCCAGACGAAGUAGAAACAUUUUACGAGACAACCUAA